CGGUCGGUGAUUCGAUUGUUGUUUUUGAAAGAAAAUUCGUGCAGUGAAAUCAAAGACCGCUUGGAUUCUGUGUACGGUGACUCUUCUCUUUCGAUGGUGACCGUCAAAAACUUGUUUAACGAGUUUCAACGUGGUCGCACGUCGGUUUUUGAUGGGUCACGCCCAGGUGCCCCGAAUACGGCUACCUCUGAGAAUAAUGUGACACAAAUCCACAAUCUCGUAUUGGCAGGCUGCCGAUUGAAGGUGCGCGAGAUAGCAGAGAAAGUAGGCAUCUCAAAAGACCGCGUGGGCUAUAUCCUACAUGAAAUUUUUGGCAUGAGAAAGCUGUCGGCGCGAUGGGUGCCGCGUUUGCUCACUCCGGACAACAAGCGCAACCGUGAGACCACUUCAGAGCAGUGUUUGACGCUGUUUAAGCGCGAUCUGAAAGAGUUUCAGCGUCGUUUCGUGACCAUCGACAAAACAUGGAUCCACUGGUACACACCGGAGACGAAGGACCAGUCGAAUCAGUGGACUUCACGCGGCGAACGUGCUCCAAAGAAGGCGAAGACUGACCUAUCGGCCGGAAAGGUGAAGGCCACCGUUUUCUGG